GAUGCUGGGCAAGCAAGAAACAGAAAGCGCUGAGAAGGGACAGCGAAGGCGGCCUGAAGGAUUGGGCUGGAAGAGGAGAGGGUGAAAGGAAGAAGGAAAUUCCUUCUGGAGGUCCCCAAAGCGAAGGAAAAAUUCUGAAAUGCAGAAAGGCUUAUUUGCUGCCGCAAAUGGGAAUCUGGAAUAACUAUGAAAAACACACUGAAAUAAUUGUGUUUGACUGGAACAAAAUUCUUGCAAAGUCCCCAAGGAUGAGAUUCUGUGCCAAAUCAAUGUUUCUAUCUGACUGGCUCUUUCUGGUCUAUGUGUUAAUGGUCUGCUGUAAAUUGUUGUCCGCCUCUAGCCACCAUCCCCGGGGGCACACAGGCCAGCACCAAGUCAAGCAAGGGACAUGCGAAGUUGUGGCAGUGCAUCGUUGCUGCAAUAAGAACCGGAUUGAAGAACGAUCGCAAACAGUCAAGUGCUCCUGCUUCCCGGGGCAGGUGGCUGGUACAACAAGGGCUCAGCCCUCGUGCGUGGAAGCUUCCAUUGUCCUACAGAAGUGGUGGUGUCAUAUGAACCCCUGUUUGGAUGGAGAGGACUGUAAAGUACUACCAGACUAUUCAGGUUGGUCUUGCAGCAGUGGAAAUAAAGUCAAAACCACAAAGGCAAGUACAGACAUCGCCUAUAUUUAA